UUCCGAUCGCUGAGCGGUUUGACCGGUUUGAGUGGUUAUAGCGGUUUGGGUCACCAAUCGGUAAACUUCGCCCCUUCGCCGUACAGUUACAUCCCUUACGGAUACAGCAAUCUGAACAGAUUCGCUGUCCAUCAGCCCACCUAUCAGACCAUUCAGGUCGAACAGCCCCAGACCGUGGCCUACGCCCGACCCGCUCUGACCCUCGCUCAGCCCCAACUGUCAGUGGCCUCAGUCGCUGUCCGACCCCAGGUCUACACCAACCAACACCAGAACAUCCAUCCCGUCAGCGCUGCCAUCCAUCAGGUCGGCAGAACUGUGGAGUACAGAGCCGUUCCCUUCAAUGAUCAGCCAAUUCAGGCCCAAGACGUGAUUGUGGAGCCGAGCGAUCAGCCCAUCAACAUUCACUUCAAGUCCCGCUCGUCGACUGUGCGUCUGUCUCAGGAGCACAUCGCCGGUGAGCCCGGAUCUGUUGAACAGACACAGUCUCAAGACGAGCCAUCGAAGGUCAUCCACGAAGUCGUGAAGCCAGUCAUCCAAGAGGUGCGCGAAGUCAUCCAACCCUACAGACAGUUGACACAAGAGGUUCAACCAGUGGUCGAGAACGUGCACACAGUUGUGUCGCACGGAGAGGGUGUUCGUCAACAAUACGUCGCUGAGCCCAUUGUCAAACAGCAGAUCCAGACCGUUCAACAGGUGGCCGUUCAACCCGUCCAACAGUUUGCUGUCCAACCCGUCCAGCAAUUCGCUGUACAACGCGUUCAGGUGCCAGAAGUCAGACAAGUCGCUUACCAACACGUCGAGGCACAACCCAUUCAAUACCAGCCCAUCCAAUACCAGACUGUCCAAGAGGUUCAGCCCAUCCAUGUCCGAGCCGUCGCUCAGCCC